CGGGGUCAGUGACAUCAUCUGCAACGCUUACGUGACGCAGAGAUCUCAAACACAUGUUAAACGUUACCGGCUUUUUUGAGCUUGAUCUCCAUCAUCGCGCUACGAACAAAUACUUUCAUCCUCCGAGUUAGCGGAUUGAAACCUGAACGCGGCGCCGCCCCUUUCAGGAUCCUAGGCUGAUAGAGCUAGUUAGCGUCGUUAGCAUAGCUGAUUAACUGUCACCAUUUCUGUUUAGUGACGGAUCAACUCGAACCAGAUUGAUCGAUAUAGUUUGUUAGGAUAAGCUAACCAUACACACAAACUGGUACUUGGACUUCACAAUAAGUAGAGACUAGUCAUCAGUGUGUUAGCCUCUGGAAGCACUCUGGCUUUGGAACCAGGCUCACUUCCUUGUGCCGUGUUCGAGGUCAUUCUGUAGCCCCGACUAAAGCAGCUGCUCUCGGGUAUAAGCCAUGAAGAGUCUGCCGUACUUCUGCCGAGGAGAGGUUAUUCGAGGAUUCGGAAGAGGAAGUAAAGAACUCGGAAUUCCCACUGCCAACUUCCCAGAUUCGGUGGUGGACAAUCUUCCAGCAGAUAUUAGCACAGGAAUCUAUUAUGGCUGGGCUUGUGUCGGGAAUGGGGAUGUUUACAAAAUGGUGAUGAGCAUCGGCUGGAACCCUUACUACAAAAAUACAAAGAAAUCCAUGGAGACGCACAUCAUUCAUAAGUUUAAAGAAGACUUCUAUGGAGAGAUGCUGAGUGUGGUUAUGGUGGGCUACAUCCGCUCAGAGAAGAGCUAUCCCUCACUUGAGGACCUAAUUGCAGCCAUCAACAGUGACAUUGAGCAGGCCAAGGUUAUGCUGGAUCUCCCAGAGAACAGCAAACUGAAAGAGGACAACUUCUUCACCAGCACCACCAACUCGUCUCCGGUCUCUCCAUCAUCAGCCGCAUCCACGUCUCAGAGCAUCAUCAACGGUCACUGACAGCUGGCAGAGAUGGCAGCGCUUUGUGCUCUGAGCCAAUGAGCACACUUCUUUUGUUUUUUUUGUGUUCAGAUUUCCAGCCUUAAUAUAAAAUCUGUCAGCUGACACGAACAGUUAACUUCUGUCUUUUUUUGUUUUUAUAUUUGGUUGUGUUAGGGCUGUUUACUGGCCUCUGUGCUUUAACUGGACACAGCCUGUUAGACUAUAUUCACAGCACAUUAUCUGGAUCUUCUGUACAUUUUCAAACAUUUAGAGGAGAGGUCAGAGAAAAAUCACUCUUCGAAGAAAACCGUUUUCCAAAUGUGAGCUAACGUCACGUACCCAAGUCAACAUCACUGCAUUAGUAUUCAUAAAAUGAGACAUUGUUAGAUAAUAUUGCUACUAUAACUUGAUUAUCUUUAUCAAAACUAAGUGAUAAACUUGAGUAACCUUAAAGGUGUUUAAGUUCCUGCUGCCUAUUCCUUAAUCCGUCUGCAGUAGUCUGUCAGAGGUU